AUGCCCAACACAAGCCUCCGGCGCCCGCAAAAGGGCUUCCGCCGCGGCGGCAAACAAGCAUACCAUGGCGCCCGCACAACGCGCACCUUCGCCGCGUCAGGCCGCAACGAAGCCACCUCGGCCGACGAGAAGUGGGAGCGCACGCGGCUCGCGCACCAGAUCGACGAGAACAUGGGCUUCGCCCGCUACGAGGGCGGCAAGCGCAAGGAGGGCUGGCUGGUCAACGUGCAGCCGACGUCGGUCGAGGACGACCGCAACCCGAGCGGCCGCGCGGCGCUGGACUGCUACUUCCUCGAGGACGACGGGCAGACGUUCAAGGCGACGGUCGAGUACGACCCGUACUUUUUGAUCGCCGUGAAGAAGGGCCGCGAGAGCGAGGUCGAGGAGUGGAUCAAGCGCGUGCCGGGCGGCGGCGUCGUCAAGACGAUCAAGCGGGUUGAAAAGGAGGAUCUGAAGAUGCCGAACCACCUGUUGGGGUACCGCCGGACGUUUCUGGAGCUGCGGUUCGCGAACGUGAACGACUUGAUGGCGGCGAGGAAGGAUAUCAUGCCCAUUGCAGCGAAGAACAGGAAGAAUGUGGAUGCGAUGGACGCAUAUGCCGAGGUCGCGACGACAAACGGCGACUUUGACCUUUUUGACGACUCACGAGAUGACGAUAGACGAGCUAAUGCUUCUUUUGCCGAUGCCAGCGACUUCAUUGUCGAUAUUAGAGAGUACGACGUACCGUACCAUGUAAGAGUAAUGAUAGAUAUGGAUAUUCGGGUGGGAAAAUGGUAUUUCGUGGACGUCAAGCACGGCGUCACAAAAGUCACAAUCAACGAAGACAGACUAGCCAUGGCCGAUCCCGUGGUCAUGGCGUACGAUAUCGAGACGACGAAGCUACCCCUCAAGUUCCCCGACGCCGCCAUCGACCAGGUCAUGAUGAUUUCGUACAUGAUUGACGGCCAGGGGUUCCUUAUCACCAACCGAGAGAUCAUUUCCGAAGACAUUGGUGACUUCGACUACACCCCCAAGCCAGAAUACCCGGGUCCUUUUAUGAUCUUCAACGAGCCCGACGAAAAGGCCGUUCUCGAGCGAUUCUUCUUGCACAUCAAGGAGGCACGACCGACGGUCAUUGCGACGUACAACGGUGACUUUUUCGAUUGGCCGUUUGUCGAGGCGAGAGCCAGUUUCAACGGUAUCGACAUGUACCAGGAGAUUGGCUGGAAGAAGAACAGCGAGGAUCAGUACCAGUGCAACUACAGCGUGCAUAUGGAUUGUUUCCACUGGGUCAAUCGAGACUCCUACCUGCCUCAGGGAUCUCGAGGUUUGAAGGCUGUUACUGUCGCGAAGCUCGGAUACGACCCCGACGAGCUCGAUCCCGAAUUAAUGACGCCGUAUGCGCAAGAACGGCCGCAGACGUUAGCAGAGUACUCAGUUUCCGAUGCCGUGGCGACGUACUACCUGUACAUGAAAUACGUCCACCCUUUCAUCUUCUCGCUUUGCACGAUUUUGCCGCUGGGCGGUGACGACACACUGAGGAAAGGUACUGGUACCCUGUGCGAGAUGUUGUUGAUGGUCCAGGCGUACCAGAAGGAGAUUGUCCUGCCGAACAAGCAUGUGGCACCAAGAGAAGCCUUCUAUGAAGGCCACCUGCUUGACUCAGAAACGUACGUUGGUGGUCACGUCGAGAGUAUCGAAGCCGGCGUCUUCCGAGCAGAUAUUCCCGUCAACUUUGCAGUCGAUCCGGGUGCAGUGGACGAGCUGUUGAAGGAUCUGGACGCUGCGCUUAAGUUCAGUAUCACGGUCGAGGAGCAGAAGUCCAUGGACGACAUUGUCAAUUACGAAGAGAUCAAGGAACAAAUUGCGGAUAAACUGCGCUCUUUGAAGGAGACACCAAACAGAAGCGAGCGACCCCUGAUCUACCAUCUUGACGUCGCUUCCAUGUACCCCAACAUCAUGACGACAAAUCGACUGCAGCCUGACUCCAUGAUUCAGGAGUCGGAUUGCGCCGCGUGCGACUUCAACAGGCCAGGAAAGACUUGUGACAGGCGCUUGCCGUGGGCUUGGAGAGGAGAGUACCUACCUGCCAAGCGUGACGAGUACAACAUGAUCAGGAAUGCACUAGAAAACGAAAAGUUCCCGGGCAAGUGGCCCAACUCGCCGAUGCGAACGUUCCAGGACCUGAGCCCCGACGAGCAGACGGCUCUCCUGAGGAAACGACUUCAGCUUUACUCUCAAAAAGUCUACCACAAGAUCCACGACUCGACGACGACCGUCAAGGAGGCCAUCAUCUGCCAGCGCGAGAACCCCUUCUACAUCAACACGGUGCGCGACUUCCGUGAUCGUCGCUACGACUACAAGGGCAAGGCGAAAGUGUGGAAGGGUAAGACGGAGUCGCUCAAGUCGUCAGGUGCGACGUCAUCCGAGGUGGACGCAGCGAAGAAAAUGAUCAUUCUUUUUGACUCGCUGCAGCUUGCCCACAAGGUCAUUCUGAACUCGUUCUACGGCUACGUCAUGAGAAAGGGUUCUCGUUGGUACUCCAUGGAGAUGGCCGGCGUGACCUGCUUGACAGGAGCUACGAUUAUUCAGCUUGCCCGAAGCCUUGUUGAGCGUCUCGGUCGCCCUCUGGAACUGGAUACCGACGGUAUCUGGUGUAUGCUUCCAGCCACGUUUCCCGAGAACUUUGCGUUCAAGACCAAGAACGGCAAGAAAGUCACCGUGUCCUACCCCUGUACCAUGUUGAACCACUUGGUUCACGCGCAGUUUACCAACCACCAGUACCAGACGCUCAAGGACCCCAAGACGUUCAAGUACGAGACGCACAGCGACAAUUCCAUCUUCUUCGAGGUCGACGGCCCUUACAAGGCCAUGAUCCUGCCGACGUCGAAGGAGGAGGACAAGAACUUGAAGAAGCGAUACGCUGUCUUCAACGAUGACGGUAGUCUGGCCGAGUUGAAGGGUUUCGAAGUCAAGCGCAGAGGUGAGCUGAAGCUCAUCAAGAUCUUCCAGCAGCAAAUUUUCAAAUUCUUCCUGGAGGGCACGACGCUUGCAGAGUGUUACACCGCGGUUGCCAAGGUGGCGAACCAGUGGCUGGACGUUCUCCAUAGCAAGGGCGUGACUCUGGCGGACGAGGAGCUCAUGGAGCUCAUUUCAGAAAACAGAAGCAUGUCCAAGACGCUUGAAGAGUACGGUAGCCAGAAGUCGACGUCCAUUACCACGGCCAAGCGCCUGGCCGAUUUCUUGGGCGAGCAGAUGGUCAAGGACAAGGGUCUGAACUGCAAGUUUAUCAUCUGCGCCAGGCCGAAGAAUGCUCCAGUCACCGAGCGCGCCGUGCCGGUCGCCAUCUUUUCCGCCGAGGAAACCACCAAGCGGUUCUAUCUGAAGAAGUGGCUGAAGGAGGAGCCUGCGGACACGGACCCAAGAGCUUUGUUGGACUGGGACUACUACCUGGAACGUCUGGGUUCAGUCAUUCAGAAACUCAUCACCAUCCCAGCCGCGCUGCAGAAAGUCCGCAACCCCGUCCCUCGCGUGCCGCAUCCAGACUGGCUUCAGAGGAGAAUCAACAUCAAGGAGGACAAGAUGAAGCAGAAGAAGCUCACUGAUCUCUUCACCAAGGGCCCAUUGGAGGACAUCACCAACCUCAAUGGCCGAAACCUGAACGACAUGGAAGACUUUGGCAGCCAACUGCUGAAGCCGAAGCCGGUAGCAGCCGUAGUGGCUUCCUCGCAGCCGGCCCCCGUCGCCCAGAAGAGAAAGUCCCCCGAGCCCGCUGAGAACGCAGACCCUUUUGCUGCGUUGCCAAAGGUUAUGCCAUCACCUUCAGAGGACUAUGUCGGUUUCCUCCAAUACCAGAAGCAAAAGUGGAAGAUUCAGAAGCAGGCCCGCAUCCGUCGCCGACAGCUUUUCGGUGACCGACGCGGCAACCAGAGUAAUAUUCAGGCUACGUUCAUGAAGCAGGCGCACAUUACGUUCAUGAACACCUGGCAGCUUCUUCAUCUCAAGGCCACCGAGACCCCUGGCGUCGUCAACGCCCACGUUCUCAUCGAUGCCAAGAUCCACACCCUCAAGAUCAAGGUCCCGCGGCAGGUGUUCUUGAACUUGAAGAGUGGCGACAUGCCGGACGUCGAUAUCCCGGGUUGUGAGGUGGAGCAAGUCAACCACACGCUUCCCAACGGGCACUCUUCUGUGCAUCUUUUCAAGCUUACGGUCCCCGAAGACACCUACUUUGCCGAGGCGGACAAUUUCUCUUUGCUUUUCAACCACCCCAGUGUCGAGGGCGUGUACGAGAAGCAUCUUCCUCUGAACAUCAGGGCCGUCCUCCAGCUCGGUAACCUCUGCACAAUUGACGAGCAGCAGCACGCUGUGCUCGGAAAGGGUCUUGACCAAGGAUUCGACCUGUCUGGCCUGAAGCGACCAUUGAAGUCAAGAAGCUAUCUCGACUCGUCCCCAAUGGCGUACAUUUACAUCUCCCACGUCACUGCCGGCGACAAGCAGAUUUUCGGAGUCUUCUCAACAACACGGGACGAGGCACACGUCAUCAUUCUGCAAAAGGGCAGAGACUCUGGACAGGACCUUCCGAACGUAUCCAGAAUCUACGCGGAGCUCCUUGCUCGACGCGGAGAGGAGGCCGAAGGCACCAACUGGCAGGACUGCUUCCGAUACCAGGAGAAGCUCACCUUCAAGAUCACGCAAGUGACGACCAAGAGAAAGGCCCACCUAGAGCUCAGCGACGUCGUCAAGAAGAUGAGAAAGGACGAGCUGCGACCACAAAUAAUGGUCAUCCAGUCCUCACAGCGCAACAUGCUUAUCACUGACGUGCCGAUUCUGGGCGACUUCCCUGUGCUUCCGCUCAAGUACGAUCCCGCCGACAGCUCUCUCCCGCCUCUUGGCUGGCAAGCCGUCGUAGCGAAGCGUCUCGUGGGACAUUACCUCGGACUGGGGUCCUGGAUCUUGCAUCUGACGACCCUUGCUCGGUAUGGUGAUGUACCACUGUGCAAUCUGGAGCGAGAAGAUCCCCGCUUCCUCAUCGACAUUACAUAUGCCCGCCGUCUGCAAAACAACAACAUUGUUCUUUGGUGGUCUGGCAGCCCUCGCCCCGAUCACGCAGGCUACGAGAAGGACGACAUCACGGGGCCGCUGCAAACCGUGCAGAUGCCCUCCGUCAACAACCCCGGCACGUUCUCCUCGGUCUGCAUUGACCUGGAAGUCAGGAAUCUUGCCAUCAACACUAUUCUGACUUCAUCUCUGAUCAACGAGCUUGAGGGUGCCGACUCCAUCUCCUUCAACCCCGCUGGUGACUCUGCGGCCGGCGAAGAAGUCAUCACGUCCGAAGGCACCUUUGCCAACGCGGGCGUCCUCGUGCUUCGUGAGAUGGUCAAGAGUUGGUGGCAGGAAGCGUGCAAGGGGAACACCAUGGCAGACGUCAUGGUCCAACACCUUGUUCGCUGGGUCGAGAAUCCGGACUCGUUCCUGUACGACCGAGCGCUGCACUACUACGUGCAGAUGAUGUCUCGCAAGGCGUUCCAGCAGCUCAUGGCUGACUUCCGCCGGGUUGGAUCACAAGUCGUCUUUGCCAGCUCAAACCGUUUGCUUCUGCAGACUACCAAGGCCGAGGUCGGCACAGCGUAUGCCUACAGCCAGUACAUUAUCAAGUCGAUCAAGAGCAAGCCCCUGUUCCACUUUAUCGAUCUCGAGAUCAAGGAGUACUGGGACUACCUCGUAUGGUACGACGAGUUCAACUACGGAGGCAAAGCGUGUCAGGAGGUGGUCGAGGCCGAGGUUCAGGAGCUCGACACGGUCAUGCACUGGCAGAUGGCCACUUUCCUGCCCAUUCGCCUGCAACCCACGUUCCAAGACUGGGUAAUUGAGUUCAUCCAGCUCAUGCACGGUCUCAAGCGCCCGCAGGGUGAGUUCGACUCGACGCCCCGGCUCACGCAGCUCCCGCAAAAGUCACUUGCCGAGGGCGCCGAGGGACAAAUCAUUCUCGGCAAGAAGUUCGAGAAGCCCCUCAAGAAGGACAUUGCCAACCUUGUCAACCUGCAGAAGAGGGAGCUCCUGCACCCUGAGCUGGCGGGCGAUUAUUCCUUUCCCCAGCUCCCGGGCAGCCACCUCGCGCACCUAUCCUCGCGGAACGCGGUGCUGGAGCUGGUCAAGGCCCUUAUGCAGGUGCUCAGCCUGGACAAGAACAUCACGCUCGAGGCGCGGCUGCUGCGGAAGGAGCUGCUCGCCAUGUUCGACGUUAGGGAGUUCAGCAAGGAGGGCGCAUUCCAGAACCCGAGCGAGAGCCUCAAGCUGCUGCAGCUCUCAUGCGACAGCUGCACGAUGGCGCGCGACCUCGACUUUUGCAGGGACGAGGACCUGCUGCCGGAGGUGGGGCCGGAUGGGAAGCGGAUGGGCGCCGAGACGCGGCCGUGGAAGUGCACGUUCUGUGAGGCCGAGUACGACCGCAACGCCAUCGAGGAGAUGCUGCUGGCGCAAGUCGAGGCGUUUGUGGUGGAGUGGAGCACGCAAGAUCUGAAGUGCUCCAAGUGCGGCGCGCUCCGGCUGAACGAGUUUAUGGAGCAUUGUACGUGCUCCGGGGAGUGGGUUGAGAGCGUGAAAAGAAAGGAGAUUCUGAGAAAGGUUGGUGUGUAUUGGAAUGUGGCCAAGUUCUUUGGCUUGAGGAUGCUAGGGGAGGUCACGGAGGGGUUGAAGAAGGGGUUGUAA